AUGCGUCAAAUACGGCUAACAGAUGAUGGAGGAGAAGAUAAAGCAAAAAUGUUGAAGAAAAAAGAAGAUGAAAAAAGUGGUUACGUGUAUACAAGCGCAAAAGGCUAUUUGCGUGAUAAAUCGAGAUUUCAACAUACGAGGCGGGAAUAUUCCUACUUACCGUACUAUGAAAAUAUCAAUCAGAAUGCUUCUUUUUGGUUAGAGCAGAUAAAAGCAGGCUUAGCCGCUUCCACUUUGCCAUAUUUAAAUCAUUUCUAUCAUCGUUUCUCUAAGGCCGAUCAUAUAAAAUUAAUCAAAUUCAUUUAUAACGUUAUAUUAGAGCCGGAUUAUGAUCGAAGGCUUAUUCAUAAAGCUUGUUCAUUGAUCAAAACGCUAAUUAAUGAUGAAAUAAUCAAACGUAAUGAUUUAACCUUACCUUGGAGACCAAUUUAUGAUUUGUACAUAGAAGUAGCUUAUCAACGAAACAGUAAAAAUUUGGAAAAAUCAAACAUUCGUUCAGCAGUUCUAUCUGUCAAAGAAUUAUUUCCACUAUCAGCAACAAAGGAAAUCCUCGAUGAGAUACGGCAAUUUAUUGAUGUAUGGAACGAUUAUGCUAUGGCUAAAUUUGUGAGAUUAUUCUCAGCUUUUGUGCCACUUAAAAUGUCCAAUGAAGAGCAUGACCUUUAUGGUGCUGGACUGUGGUAUGAUGAAAUGUGGAUAAGUGAAUAUUGUCCAGGAUAUAUCGAUUGGUCAUCUAAGCAUACAAUCAUUUUUUCGAAACUUUUACGAACAUUGAAUCUAAGUGUAAGAUACAAUCGAGUAGCAGUUGGCGAUGGAACAGGAAUGGGCUCUGAAAGUUCCGGUGCAGAAUGGAUCAUAUGGAUGUUAGGUGGAGUAAACGAAAGUGCUCAUCGAUGUUUCGAGCGACUGAUCAAAUGUGUCGAAUCUUUCCUGCAUCCGUUACAGGAAGGUGGUCAUACGCCAACUUUACAGUCAUUUUUAGAUGCUCUCGUUAAUGAAAUGGUGCGACGUGUUCGCAUUGAACGAAUACGUAAAAAAACUAGAAAUAAGGUACCUUUAAAAAUGCGCCUUACCGAUGAACAGAUUGAAUGGUUUGUCAACAUAUUACUUCCAUCCGUGCUUUAUUCAGUCUUUUCGACAGUUGAAACAUCAGCGUCUAAUGUUAUGCGAAAUUUAGCAUUCCUUGCACCACAGCUUGUCCUACCAAAAUGUCUCGACUUAAUUUAUCCAUCACUAUCAACGAUCACAGAACCGCAUCGUUUGAAGCAAUCAUUGGAAUGCAUUGUUGAAAUUUGCGUACCACUUGUCCGUGAUAAUGGUACCUAUAAUUACCGAACAUAUAAUGUUUGCAAGCAGAAUUGGAUUAAUAGUAUUAGUGAGAACGCAGAGGACAGAGAGCAUAAACUGUCAUCAUCGCCAGUAAUAAAUGAAUCGGAAGUUCGUUCCGAUCGAUGUCGAGUACCGUUGCGUGAACACGCAAUUUUCUUGCUUGAGGCAUUGAUUGAAGCUAUCGAUAUUAAUGAUUUUCAAAAACUUUCGCUUUCAUUGCAGGCAAAUUUUAGCAGUUUUAAUUUUUUCAAUAUGAAAGAAAGUAGGGAGUAUUGUGGAUGUUGUGUAACACUGGAAACUAUUUUUCAAUUAAUUCCAAUUGUAAAUUGCUCCGCUGCUCUUGAAAUGGAACAGUAUGCAAAUUUAACUGAGGAGGAAAAACGUCUUUGUAAAUUAACAGCACGGUUCCCAAAUAUUGUACAGGAUUUUGUGAACAAAGUAUUUAAAGUGAUAACACAAUUGUCAAGUUCUGCACCAAACGAUGGCAUAUCAUGUGUGGAUUCGAUAUGUGAUAACUCAGAGACAAUAAUGAUCGGGAGUGAAGAAAUUGUGAUAAGUACGAGCAUCCAAAGUGCUUUUCAUGCAUUAUUCUCGAAUUGUUCAUCCAAUUUUGUUGAGCUAAUCGGUGAUCAAACUUAUGAAUUCAUUUCCACAUCUGAAUUCGAAAAUAUAAUUGCUGCGGAUGCUGCAUGCUCACUUAUACAAGAAUCCACUUAUGCUAAUCCAGCCCGUUAUUUUCCAAUGUAUAUUGAAUUUUUAUUGGAGAAACAAAAGCAAUAUAUUACAGAGGAGAAGAAAAUGUUGAAAGAGCUCGAUGCAACAACGAUGUGGUUUGCAUAUUUGUCAGAUAUGAUUUUCUCCGUUCCAAGCGAUUUGAUAUUGAAAUAUCAGAAUGAAUGUAUUGAAAUGCACAAAUGUACUAUUUCUAUGAUUUGCCAUAAUGCACAUCAGGGAGCAUGUUGGUCACUUAAAAAUCUUUUAACACAACUAAUAGAAGUUUAUCCUAUAUCGGAAGAAGAUCGACAACAUAAUUUAGAUUUACCCUUGCAUUUAUCACUACCAAUUAAGAAAUGGGGUGUUAAAUGUCUGAAAGAUGAUGUGACAAUAAAAUGGCAUAUUCCAACAGAUGUUGAAGUGGAUUUUGCGGAAAAAUUAUUAAAUGAAUUUGCUUAUUCUGAGAUUCAGUUACUUUCAGCACCGCAAAAUAUUGAUAAAUUUGCAAUCAAACGUUCACUGUACGUUGUCGACAGCUUGCUAUCCUGUGUUGGCAAUCGUCUUCCAAUUUUCAAUACUAAAGAAAUUAAACUAAGCGAAACACCUGUUGACAUGGAUUGCACACAUAUAACAUCCGUGUCACCUCGCAUGAAAAUGUUUUCAUUCAAUGGUGAAAAUAUUCGAGAAAGGGUGCGUAUUACAAUGCAUAAUUUAAUGGAAUUUUUAUUGAAUCAACAGGAUGAUCAGUCAAAAAAUCUUUUGCUCAUUUCAUCAGUUCUACAAACGUUAUGUACUGAAGGAUCAGUGCCGAGUUUUCGAGCGCUCAGGAGGAAUAAACGAAUAAAUUACAGAGAUCCAAUUCAGGGACGCCGUGCUGAACUUUAUAAUACUUUUGAACGACGAAUUUUCUCAUAUCAAAAAGUGCGCAUCGCUUCUCAAGCAACACUGAACAAAUUAAUAAUCGAAUUUCCAAAUUCGAAAAAUUUAUUGGUGGACGAUAUAUUGGAACAUUUGGAUCCAAAACGCAAUAUUAGUCAUGAAGAAAUGAAGGGAGCGUUGUAUAUUUUGAACAAAUGCGGAUUUUUAAUUUCAAACAUAAUUUCUGUUCGUUGCAAAUGUUGGCUAACAGUUUCAAAGAUUAAAAUUUCCGAGAAACCAUCCAUUAUUGCAUUGGUAAAACAGUCUAUCGAUUCUGUUUCCGUAAAACAAUGGUCGCUUCAACGGAACACUAAUUCAGCAAAUAUUCGUACCAUCGCGCAAGAAAUGUUUACUGAUAACAAUGCUAAUAACAUAUUUUAUGCCAGAUAUCAAGAAUUAUCUCAAUCGCAGGCAAUUCUUAUGUCAGAAAAUAAAUUUAAUGAAAAAUAUGAAAAGAAUCAGCAGCGAAUAGAUAAUGUUCGCAAAGAACUCAUUGAAAUUUGCAAAAAUAAGGGACAGUUAUAUCAUUGGCGACAAGUUGAUUCAGCACGAACUUUCCUUUUCACUUUUUAUCGAAAUCUUUUUACUGUUGAAGUGGCAGAAAUAUUUCUUGAAAUGUUAAUUGAUGUUCGUCCAAAAUGGCGACGUGUUGCUGCUGAAUGUAUUGCCAGUUAUUUAGAAUGGAAUAAGCCGCCAACAAAAAAAAUAUUGUGGAGCCCACCUGACAAGGCCACUUUAAUAUUUACGAAAUUCACAAAUAUUUUAGUAAUUGAUCCGAAAUUUAAAUAUGCAUGUGGAUUAAGACCUGAUAAUUUAUGCAUUGUUUAUGAUUCUGAUAAAUUGCCAAACGAUGAACAAACCUGGAACGAAACAAUAUUUGUAGCGAAGCCACACUGGGGUGCUUAUCAGUGGCCAAGGAAAUUGUUGGUGACAGCUCCAGCAAACACACAAACGGAACUGCAACGUCCCGUAUCGGAAUACAAUGAUAUCGAGAAAUUAAUAAUUGAGUACAUGAAAGAUGAACAAUUUCUGACUUCUUGGCAUGCUAUUUUAUUAAAAGAAAAAGAAGACAGUGAUGUAUUCUAUGCUAGCGAAUAUCGCUUCGUUAAAUAUUUAUUCCGAAACUUUGGUAUAUCAUUGAUACCACAAUUUAAAAUGUUGUUAGAAUCAAUAUGCGAUUCCGAGAACAAACGUCCUGCAAUACGACGGGCGCAGACGAAACUUGCGGCAACAUAUUGUGCUGGGAUUAUCCGUGGUUCAAGGAAUUGGCUCUUCAAUGAUCUGCAUGAGUUGUGGAUCUGGUUGAAACCUAUCAUUGUAUGUCAGAUUGAAGGUUUGACGUCAGAAACAGUAUAUUAUUGGGAUACCGCACUGAAGUUUUGCUUGGAUGUUACUGAUGUGAGAAGAUUUCAUUGGCUUGUGGAAACAAUAUUUGAAAUUGCUUCAAGACCUUCACCGACAACGUGGCAUCGAUGUGUACGACUGGGCCUUGUACAGUACAUUUCUUCAUGCUCAGGUUGGAGAACAACAGAAUUGUUAAAUCGUGUCAUACACAUUGCAAAUGUUAUGACCUCGCAAGCAUGGCUGGCACCGGAAAGAGAUCAAAUUGCAAAUGUACUUUCAUUUCCUGCUACUUACGGUUUUGCUAUGGGUGAUGUAAGCAAUAUACCGGUGAAGUAUAGAAUACCAAAGUUGGGAGAAAUAAUGAAUAUAUUUGAUAUUCAUGAAAUGAUGAAAUCGCGUAAAAUACAAAUGGACAGAAGAAAUGUGUUACCUGUAGCACAGUCAAAGCAGUUAGCCGUGUCACCAUUACCGCCAACUACUACUUUGUUAGAAAAUUCACUCUCUGUUAAAAGCAAAUUUAACAAUCAGAUUAUUACCAAUCAGAAUGCUGUUAUCAUGAGGCGUCAAUUGUAUAUUAAAACUUUGCUAAGAUUUUUGAAUUCAUAUUUCCUCUCCUGUUUCGUAGCUUUAUCAUCGCCUAUCAUAUCACUCUUUCCACUUAUAACUCAUCUGGCUGAUGAAGAAACAGCGGACAUGGACGAGACAGAAGUGAUAAGAGAUGCUGAUUUGGCAGUUGAUGCAAGUGAUGUCUUAUUCCAGUCAUGGUCCGGUAUUUAUCUGUGUGAUGAACUUGCUGAUGAGAUGUUAAACAGUGUUGAAAAGACGAUGAAUGAGAGCACCAGUUGGAAGGCAUGGGUAUCUAUAAUGAAAUUUCUUCACGUAUUCAUAUUUUCAAACAUACUUGUUUGUGAGAAGCAAGAAAGACCUGAAAUUGUGCAACGAAUGGUUUACAAUGCAAUUUGUCAUACACAACUUGAAGUUCGACGAGAGGCGGCUGAUUGUUUGACAGCACUAAUACAUUGCGGUUUUCAACCGCUCACCAAAUGUUAUAUCAAGGAAUUAUUCGAGCGUAGCAACAAUGAAACAUCGAGUAAGAAGCAUGGCGCUGUAUUGGCUCUAUCAGCGGUAAUUCGCGCUUUUCCAUUCACUAUUCCACCAUUGGUGUUCGAUAUGAUACCAAAGUAUUGCCAGCUUGGCAUCACUUCUGAUUCCUUAACACGUAAUACAGUAACAGAAACAUUACGAUCAUUUCUACGUACACAUCAUGAUAAGAUGAUUGAAACGGGUGAAAAAGAUGUGAUACAAAAAUUGCUCGUUUUCAUACAAAAUGUUAUCUCACCCAAUUACUAUGUAUAA